GUGCUUUAGAAUUAAUACUUGUCUUCAAGUGUCCCGUUAGAUCACAUUUAUUGAAACAGCUAAUAUGCUUAAUUUGUAAUUUCGAGUAAUGGAACUAAAUGGAGGUGUGUGGGGAUGCCAAACCACCUUCAUGGUACACGGCUCUACCUGCAGCUUGUUUCCCCUGCAAUCAAGAGUGUCUUUGUGGAGAGAGGCCUGUCCAAACUGAAUCAGAGUUGUUGACAGUGUUUUCCUUGGUUCUGCCAUCUGUCAGUGGCAGUUCAUCUUGUGAAAAAUGACAACAAAAUUGGUCCGCACACCAUCAUUAAAAAGGGGCAAAGGUGACAUUCCGGUCGCUAAUAGGGUGAAGUUAGAACGGGUUAUAGGACUAACAGUUGUCAGUAAUUCAGCAUUAUGCUGUGAUCCAAACACUGAGAACAUACUUUACACGGCAGGGUGUACUGUUGUGUCAUUUAGUCCACAUAAAAAUAAACAGACCCAUGUGUUGAAUACAUCACGAAAGGCAGUUACCUGCAUUGCUGUUACGAGUGAUGGCAAUCAUCUAGCAACAGGGGAAUGUGGCCACAUGCCUUCGGUUCGUGUUUGGGAUAUUCUCAGUGGUACACAACUGACUGAAUUGUCAGGUCACCAAUAUGGCAUCAACUGUGUAGCAUUUUCCCCCAAUGGCAAACAUCUGGUCUCAAUUGGAUCACAGCAUGAUAUGAUUGUUAAUGUGUGGGAAUGGAAGACCAAUUUAAAAGUUGCAUCUAAUAAAGUUUCCACUAAAGUGAAAGCUGUUUCAUUUGCUGAAGAUGGAAAGUAUUUCGUGACAGUUGGUAUGCGCCAUGUCAAGUUUUGGUACUUGGAGUAUUCUAGAAGUGGGAAGUUUCUAGAUGCGGUACCUUUGAUGGGUCGUGCAGGCAUAAUGGGAGAGUUGCGAGAUAAGGACUUCUGUGAUGUUGCAUGUGGACGUGGUAUGAUGAUAAAAUCCACUUUUACGAUCACCAAGUCUGGACAGUUAUGUGAAGUGAAUAGUCGCAGAAUGCUUGAGAAGUGGGUUGAAUUAAGAACAUCAUCUGCAAACUGCAUGAGUCUGGGAUGGAAUUACAUCUUCGUAGGGUGUGCAGAUGGCAUUGUGCGAUGUUUCAAUCCUAUGACUUUGCAGUUUGUGACAACUUUACCUCGGACUCACUACUUAGGGUUUGAUAUUUCCCAGGGAUUCGAUAUCAGUCAUAUGGUGCAACAUCCAAACAAUGCCAAAUACCCAGACACAAUUGCAGUGACGUUUGAUGACUCUAACAUGAAGUUAACUUGCAUUUACAAUGAUCACAGCAUUUACAUCUGGGAUGUGCACGACAUCAAAAGGGUUGGGAAAACAUACUCGUUUCUCUUUCACUCGGGGUGUAUCUGGGGAGUGGACACGUACCCACUUUUGGACAGCAGCCUUCCUUCAGCGAUGCCGAAUGGUUCUUUCAUCACGUGCUCCAGCGAUGACACUAUUCGUGUGUGGAACCUGGAGUCCAGUCUUCCUGCAAACACUCACUUCCAGAAGAAUAUUUACAGUGAGGAACUUUUAAAGAUUGUUUAUGUUGAUUCUUCACUGAGCUUUAUAAAAAAUCAAGAUCUGUCUGACAAUUUAGAAAAAAAUGAUGCUGCGACUUACGACAGCCGUAAUGGUGUGCGGUCUUUAUGCAUAAGUCCAGAUGGGCAGCACUUGGCAACUGGAGAUCGCAUGGGUAACAUAAGAAUCCACAAUUUGAAUAAUAUGCAAGAACUGUGUUUCAUUGAAGCUCAUGAUGCAGAAGUUUUGACACUGCAGUACUCAAGACCAGAGUGUGGACACAGGUUGUUGGCUUCAGCUUCUAGAGAUAGAUUGCUUCAUAUUUUCAAUGUUGAGAAGGAUUACAGCUUUGCAGAAGCAUUUGAUGGUCACUCAUCAUCUAUAACUGCCGUUAAGUUCAUCACUGCCAAAGAUCAUUUGCAAGUAGUGUCAUGUGGCGCAGACAAAUCAAUAAUUUUUAGGCACCUUGUUCCAAUGCUUGAUGACACAAUUCAUUUUGCUCGUGGCCACAUCGUUGCAUGUAAGACGACUCUGUAUGACAUGGAAGUAGAUUCUUCUCAGAAAAAUAUCUUAACUGCUUGUCAGGACAGAAAUGUUCGAGUGUAUAAUAUAAACACUGGAAGGCAGAAGAAGACUUUCCGAGGCUCAGUGAGCGAAGAUGGAUCACUCAUCAAGCUUGCCCUGGACAACAGUGGAAUUUAUCUUGCCACUAGCUGCACCGACAAGACAUUGUGCGUGUACGAUUAUUACUCUGGAGAGUGUAUGGCAACGAUGCUGGGUCACUCUGAGCUGGUGACUGGGUUGAAGUUUACAAAUGACUGCAGUCGACUGAUUUCAGCAUCGGGCGAUGGUUGCAUAUUCGUGUGGCAGAUUCCUCACGACAUGGUUGUAACCAUGCAGGCUCGGCUCAGCCAACAAGCAGCACGGCUUGAGAAGAAAUUGCAAGACCAGUCAAAUGAAAACCUGGUGGAGAACCUCUCAGAUGUACCAAUAUCACCACACAAUGUGCUGGAUAUUCUCUCAGGUACAAGUCAGAAUCUGUUGCCAACGUGGGCAAGUAGACAUGAGUCUCACAGUUUGUCUGUAGCCAACUUGAAGCAGCAGCACAAUCUGCCAGGAGGUCGCUGGGCUCAGCGACUAGCAGCGAUGCAAGAGCAAAGAUAUGAUGCACUUCCCAUCAUGCUGAAACCAUUUGAUUUGCAAGAAAAACGUCUGGAUUCAGAUGGGUCAAAAGAAAGCUCUUUGGACAGUGGAACAGAGCUUAGGACUUACACUGAUAAGGAAGAUCUGAGAAAAGGACUGGAACCAGUUGCUCACAAAGGCCAGAAAGACACUGAAGAUUCCGAGUUCCCCCGAGCCCGCCACCUGACAGAUGAUAGCAGUCUCGGUAGUUACAAGUUUGAGGACCUUGAAAGCACUGAACAUGAUGGAGAUGUAGAGGACAUCUCUGAAGCUGAAUGUGAACCUUCGCAGCAAGAACACAGUCCUCGGCCACUCAGAGUCUACUAUCCACCUCCAAUUGAAACUGGCAGUGAUUUCACAGUGAACGCAAUGGAUGUAGAAGAGUUGAAGCGGUCAAUGCGGAGGCAUAAGAAACCUCUUUUUCCAGAAGUUUCUGGGCCAUCUGUUUCCACCUCGGUGUCAGGAAGUCAGGAUAGUGAUGAUGAUGACGAAGAAGUGUCCACUCCAAGUGGUGAAACAACAGAAAGAAGUUUGCAUUCUGCUAGUGCAAGCAUGGAGAAUAUAGACUUCCUGGUGCAACGUGAAAAAUUCCUUAAAAACACUUUUGAGUCCUUGAGUGGAGCAGAAGUUGACAACAAGCAGCUUUUAAAACCUCCAGGUGGUAAUAGUAUUACAUCACAGUUUCUUGGCCAAGCAAGUUUGAGCCAUCAGGAAGGCAAGACUCGCCAGUUACCUCCCUGGAAGAACUACGCACCAACUCGAGCCCCUCCUUCUUCACCUAGGAACAAUGUUAUUGGCCCGAAGAGAGUUUCCUCUUCACAUAAUGAACUGGAGGACAAGCGAAGCUUGUUGAAGAGGCGAUUGGAGGAUAUGAAACAGCAGCUUGAAAGUGUUGGUUAUACAAGACAUGGAGCCCGUAUUAAUACUGCAGCAAAGCCUCUUCGAAACUCUGUUAGUGUGGCUGAUUUAACAGAACUUGACAACAGAAAGGAUUCAAGGAGUAAAGUUCAUCAGGAUUUUGUAUCUAUGGCAGAGAGUGAUGAAGAGUUUGGAGGAAUGCGACGAACGUACUCCCUUAGUGACCUUCGACCCAGUUUGUGGGAAGGAAGUGGGGAUACUCAUCAACUAGAUUUACCGCUGACUAAGUCUAGGAGACGGGACGUCCCAAGGAAGCAAGUUUUUCCUUCCAGAAGUGGCCAGGAAGCUACUGAUGCAACUAGUAAUAAAAGAGCAGUGGUGCAGGCAAUUGGCGCGGCGAACCUCGGGACUGUAUCGAGGGAAUCAAGCAUGAACCGCAGUGUGUCGAUGGGGGAGCUGAACCAAAGUGAUUGUUAUGGAGAUGCAGUGCAGAAUCGAUUAAACUCUCUGAUGAGACCAACUAUAAGUUCUAGGAAUAAAGUUGUGUCAGUCUCGAAGAAUUCUGCCGGACCUCCCUCGAUACGACACUAUGGCUUGACUAGCUCACAUUCAUCAGUCAACCUCAGCCGACUUGAAAAUGAGGAAUCAAGUUCGGAAGAAGUCUUGGGGCCGGGAAGGAGUCGACUUCACGUUCACAACCUCGAUCGCUCAGCAAGUGCAAACAAUAUCAACACUGCUGCUUUUCGGCCACCUUCUGGUUUCAAGAGCACUGCAAAUGUGGUGCCACUUCAAGUCCGGCCAUCUUCUUCUCGGUUAGUUUCCAGUGGGGCUCACCCGAAACAGUUUGCAAGACCUCGCCAGGUAUCCGAACAUAAGAAAUCGCAUCAUAAUUUGACAGUUUGUUUGGACCUGGCCAAGAAGCUGAAAGAUUCAGCUCAGCAAGUAAAUGAUGCAUUGAGCCAACUGCGCAACCAGUCGAGUGCAACAGACUCUAGCCAGAAAGUUGAUGUGUUACUAGAAGCAUUACAGUCGUCAAUGCUGAUGAUGAUGGCUGGUGAGUUUUUUGGACUGGAAGUGGCCGGCAAUCAGGAGUGGGAUGUGGAUCGCUGGAUUCAGUACUUGCGUGAACAAUUAGCUGUAGUUGUGCGUGCCUAUCUGAGUCGAACUGCUUCUAAACAGGGCACUGAUGACGAGUGGCAGGAACAUCUUGAGAGAGUGAUUGAAGACGUGACCAAGAAGUUACUGGAUGUUUUAAUUGAUGAAUCAAAACCAUUUUGCUAACAUUUAUUUAUUUCUGUUUUCAAACAGGAUGCUUUUGUUUACAAAGCUUCACCUGUCAUAUUAUUUUGUAUUAUAGACAUUAUUUAAUCAUCUUAAUUGUCUAGGCAUUACUUUGUUAUUGUUUCCAUAUAACUGUUUCUCAUCAGAUUUUUUUUAUGUGUGACAGUAUGAUGACUUUCAGCUUUAUGUGCACUUAAAAUAUAACUGCAUAUUAACUGUUUUAAGUGAUAAUUUUUAUAAUGUUUGUACAUGCAUGUGGUAUCUAAAUUGUUUAUGUUUCCAUGUGAAAAACUUUAUGAUCUUGUAAAGCAUGUACAGUCAAACCUCAUUAAUUUGAAUCCUCUUAGUACAAAAUUCCUGUUUAUGCAACGUACUUUCACAGUCCCUGAAAAUUAAGUAUACUUCCAUAUGUUAUUCAGUACUUUUAAUGUGAAAUAUGGUAAAUGUGAAAUAUGAAGUUGAUUUGAUCCCUCAAGUUGCUGUUAACAUGUACAAGUAAACGAUUAAUACAAAUUUCACUACCCAAGUUUUAUAAACAUAAUAACAUUUAUAUCACCAACAAGUAAAUAAACGUUUCUCCAAAAUGGUUAAAAACAAGAUGAAAAAUGUAACUCUAUUGGUAAUGUUAGUAACUAAACUAGAAGAGAGACCAUUUUGUAAACUGAAAACUAAAAGGAAGGUACUCUAUACCUUAUCUAUGUUAGUCAUUGAAAGUGCACAUACGAAGACGUUUAGAUAAUCUUUGGAAAUAAGUUCUGGUAUUUUCUUUUGUUCGUACAUGUGCCAUAACCAGAAUUUUGAGCAUGUUUUAUAUUAUAAAAUGACUGCAAAAAGUAAACGUAAUGAUCUUAAAUUGCAAGUGGAACUUAAAAUUAUUAAAAGAAGUUGACAAUGGAGAAAAAACAAAAACUGAAAUUGCUAGAGACUUUAACAUCCCGCUAUCGUGCUUGUCGACGAUAUUAAAAAAUCACAAAAAAGAUUGAAUCAGCUUUUGAGAGUUAUUUGCAGGUUAUCAACUAGAAAAAGAAUGCAAGGUCCAAAAAAUUAAGAAAUGCAAGCUAAUACCUUGUUUCAGCGGUAUCAAGAAAUGAUGCAGAAAAAAGCAGACUACUUGGUAUUGAAGUUAGGGAUUUCGGAAUUUUAAGUUCAGCAGUGGUUGGCUACAACGCUUUAGGGGUAACAACACUCUUGUUGGCAAAUUUAUAUGUGGGGAGUUGGCAGCAGUAGAUAUGACCAAAAUUAAAGAUGGGUUAGUCUGUUUAGCCCAUCAGUUUACAUAAUUUUCUUUAUGUUUAAAAUAAUUUAGGCAUUAGAAGGUAAAUCAAAUUUUUGUAAUGAGUUCCCAAUAGUUUGGUUAACACAAACCUUGUUAUUACAAAGUACUAAAAUUAUGGUCACUUCAGGUUUCUAAUAAUGAGGUUUGACUGUAAUUUCUAAAUGACUGAUGUAUAUUUAAACUUCCUGAUUCUAGUAAGGGAUAAUAUCUCUUCAACCUUUUUGCUAUCUCUUCCAACAUAAUGCAUUAGUUUGCAGUGUCUGAGCCACCAUCGUGUUCAUUUGUAUUUUAGCUCAGCUCAUAGCUAACCAGUUUGUAAAUACAAUGACUACUGUUGAACAAUGCAUUUUCUUUUUUGUACCUUAUUAAUGCAGUGCAUUUGUAUUUGUAUUGUAAUAUAUAUAAAUAUUUAAAUGGACAUAAAUUAAAUUUAAUACAAAAAUUGUA